ACAGUCUCCAUUGUCGAGGGGGACCAUCCUGUCAGUUAGACGAUCUUUGUUUCGCAGUAGCAAGGUGGUGGGCGCAUGCGCAGCCGCAGCCUCCGCUCCCCCCCGCGCUGAGCGCUGACAGGAGGCUGGCCGGAGAUCGUCGCUGCCGCCGCCGCCGUUGUUGUUGUUGUUACCGCUUCCGUCGCCGCCGGCUUCCACUCCACGUUGUGAGCUGCUGUCCGGAUACAAACUGACACCAGAACUGGACUUAAUUUCUGUCACGGGAACCAGAGACAACACCAACAAAGUGUUUUCGGGGGCUUUGGACACGCUGACCGCCGACCUCUGUCCUCUCCCGUCCUCCUCCCGGUGCCGAGCGGACCGUCGCUGAAGUGAGACUGACCGAGAGGCCAACAGCCGAGAGACGUUUGACUGCAUGAAGAGGCCAAGUGACAGGACCCUGGUCCUCACCUAGACGCCUCCCACAACCCCCUCACUGCCUGGACAUGAUAAACUACCUUGUGAGUGGAAGCAGACAUGGCUAGUAACUACCUAAGAAGAUGUGAAAGUACAUCUGGAAAGAUCCUUUCGAUCGUUUGCAAACGAUGACCGCCAUGUUAUGGCCAAGCACGCCAGCAUCUAUCCGACACCGGAGGAGCUCGAGGCAGUCCAGACACUGGUGUCCACCGUAGAGGGAGCCCUCAAGAAAGUCUCUGAUUGGAUGGAUGGCCUCAACAAAUCCUCAGGGAAGCCCACUAUCAAUGACGAGCCUGGGGACAAUACAGAGGAGAAAGAUGCUGCUGAAACAAAGUCCGACAGCACGCCGGUGCUGUGCGGGGUGACACGUGUCAGUCUGGUGGCCAAAGGCCUGCUGAUCAAAGGGGACAUGGACCUGGAACUGGUGCUGAUGUGCAGGGAGAAACCUACCAAACUGCUGCUGUACACCAUCAGCGCCAACCUCCCCCUGCAGAUCCAGACAAUGACGGAGGACAAAUUUGAGGUGCAGUCGUGCGUGUCUGAGGCAGCCAUCCGGGUGUGCAGCGCCAAAGACCCUCAACUCACGCUGAAGAUCACCCUCUCCUCCUUAGCCAUGAGGGAGGAGCACAGCACCACGGAAGAAGAGGAGGGCGAUCAGGACGACAGCAAGCAGAGGCAGGAGAAGGAGGAGAAAGUGGAGGAUGAGGAUGUCCUGGACAGGCAGAAGUGCCAGGCUGCCCUGGCUUCGCUCCGACAUGCCAAAUGGUUCCAGGCCAGAGUCACAGAUCUCAAGUCCUGUGUCAUCAUCUUGAGGAUUUUCAGAGACAUGUGCAACAGACUGCCUGUGUGGCAGCCUCUCAAAGGAUGGCCUCUGGAGCUCAUCUGUGAAAAGGCCAUAGCCACCUGUAACCGUCCGCUGGGUCCAGGUGAGGCCCUGCGUCGCGUCAUGGAGUGCAUCGCCUCAGGGAUUCUCUUGCCAGGAGGUCCAGGAGUACAUGACCCCUGUGAGAGGGAACCCACAGAUGUCCUGUCUGACCUCAGCGCACAGCAGGCUGACGCCGUUACCGACAGCGCACAGCAUGCGUUACGGCUCCUGGCCUUUGGACAGCUUUACAAGGUCUUGAAUAUGGAUCCUCUCCCCACCAGCAAGCCCUCACCGAGGCUGUUAGAAGGCGGCUGUCAGAAGAGGCUCCGGGAGGACGUCGGGUCAGAUGACAGAGACUUCAUCAAAAGGAUGAAAGUCCUGGACUGGAGAAUGACGGAUCCAAACCACCCCAUGAAUGCUCUGAUGCGUCUGAAUCAGAUCCACCCGGGUCUUCAGUACCGCCUGCUGUCUCAGUCUGGCCCAGUACACGCUCCAGUCUUCACCAUGUCUGUGGACAUCCAGGGAACCACCUACCAGGCCACUGGGAACUCCAAGAGAACAGCCAAGCUGCAAGUAGCCCUCAAGGCGCUGCAGGCUCUGGGCUUCGUGCUUGGUGGCGACGGAGACAUAGACUCUCUGAGCGCUGACGAGAAGUCAGAUGGCGAAGGCAAGAACGACAGGAUGUCCACCAGCUCCAGCUCCACCUCCAUCACCUCCUCCACAGACACUCAGGAGUCCAGAGCUCCAGGUCCAAUUCUAACAGCAGGAGGUAAAAACCCGGUGAUGGAGCUGAAUGAGAAACGCCGCGGCCUCAAAUACGAGCUGAUAUCAGAGAGCGGCAGCAGCUACGACAAACGCUUCAUCAUAGAGGUGGAGGUGGACAAGCAGGUUUUCCGGGGGACGGGUCCCAAUAAGAAAGUAGCUAAAGCCAGCGCAGCGUUAGCCGCCCUGAACAGCCUUUUCUCUGGCUCCAAAUCUACAACCAACAAGAAGAAACGUCCCAACCCUCCUCCAAAGCGACCUGUAGCAUCGGUGCUGACCCUCCCGGCCCUCGCUGCCAGACCUCCACGAGUCCCGGUCAUCCCUAGAGCUCCAUACAUCAGCACCCCACCCACACAUGGUUACAUCCCCCCAGGUUUUGGUGCUCCCUAUGGUUACAGUCCUGCAGGUGCCCUCCCUCCCUACGGUUUUCCCUCCCGAAUGCCCUCAGUAGUUGUUCCUGUCAUCAGAGUCCCCACAACAUACCCCAUCACCCACCUCUACCCAUAUUAGGAUCCUCCCUCACCUCACCUCACCUCACCUCACCUCACCUCACCUCACCUCACCUCACCUCACCUCAGCUACUUCUUAGGGAUUAAGUUUAUUUGAGUUGUGCUUUGACUUUCUACUGUGUGUUCACAACACAAUUUUACAAACCAACACUGGAAUCGACAAACUUUUGUCCAGUGUUCCUCGUCAGCAUCAGAUCCUGCAGCAUUAUUUUGUACAGCAUGUUCCCUCUGAGCUUCACUGGAAACCAGCAAGAUUAAAACGGCUAUUAGAAAUUUGUGUGGCCGUUUCCUCAAUAUGUUUGUGAACACAGAGGUUGACAAAUAAGCUCUUUGAUCAUCAAAAUUGUUAUGCAAUGAAAGACUGAGCUCAGCAUUCAGUGAGCUGCCCUGUGUCAGACUAGUCAGGUAAAUAUUACACUGUAGGGAGCUGCAGAUCUACUGUCGGGAGCUAAAUAAAAUCUACUAUACAAACAAAUUAGAAGUAAGAAACAUAACCACAUACCAAAGUAAGAGCACAAAUAAACUUUAGGAAACCCUGAGCAAUAAUUGGCUACUCAAGAGAACUAAAAACAAUAAACUCAGCCUACUACAUAUCUAAUCUAUGGUAAUAAAUCUAUUAUAACCCUACAUCAACAAAGACACAGUUACUAGAGCAAAAAUAAAGUCGCUGUAAAAGAGCUGUAAAAAGUCUGCUUAAUUACACCAACUACCAAGACUAUAGUCAUAGUAAGGAAACGCACAUCCUCCAUUAGGAACUUACUUCCCUAAAGUUCCCUAUAGUUCCCUGAACUGAAAAUAUUCACCGUAAGUUACUGAAUAUUCACCAAAGCCAGAGAAAAACAAUCUUUGUAUCAAACACUACAAGGACCCAGACAGCUUCUAUUGGAUUUAAAUUUCCCAAAAUAAUGUUUUCUUUGUUUGUUUAGUUCCCUACAGUGGUCGAUUAAAUGUUCGCUGUAGGGAACUAAAAAAAGAAAAACACCAAGUACAAAAUAUCCAGUACAAAAUAUCCAGUUUAUAAAGCUUCAUAAAUACUCACACUUAGGAAUUAGAAACCUCAUGGAAGGAACCAAAGAAAUCUCCAACAGCACACAAAAUACUUAAUAUCCAUUCUAAGUAUCUAAACAUACUUUACUGGGAACUAAAGAAACACCUGCCAAAUACUGAGUACUAAAUAAACAAUGUGUUAUACCAAGAAACUUUAGAGGGCUGAAAAGAAAAUACCCACCAUGCACUUACAAUAACAUGUACAGUGAAGGGAACUAAACAUCAUCUUUAUGGGAACUAACACAAUAUCCACCAUUGCAAAGUAAAAUCCAGUCACUGUAGGGAGGUAAAGGCAUAUGAACCUAAAACAACAUGACUACUGAAUAUUCAAAGUGGAGCUUUACAAAUAAAGUGUAACUACAAGUGGAAGGAACUGAAGAAGCAGCAGCUGUAGGAUACCAAAUAUCAUCUGAUAGAUAGAAUUUAUAUGCGGAUAGAAAAUGUAGGCAAGAUAUAAUUGAUCAGAGAGCUGCUUUGUUGAGAGAGCUGCUCAUGGAUGUGAUCGCUGUUUUGUAUUUUAAUUUCUCUGUUUUCUAUCACUGUUUUAAGUUUCUGUGGGAGAGAGGAAAAAAAACAGUUUUACAAUAAUGGGUUGCACUGAGAAAACAUUUUUCCCUUUGUUUGGAUAUUGAGUGUCCAAGUUUACAGUUACUUGUUGAGUACUUGAAGCAUUUUGUGUUGAGUUGAAAUACUUUCUCUUCAGAGAGAGAUUUUAUUUUGACCUGUUUGUAGGUUAUACUCUGUUAAAUAAAUGAAUAUUUUUGUCAACAGCUGA